AUGAUUACAUAUGGCUUUCUUUUCUAUGGGCCUGGUUCUUAUGCAUGGUACCAGUAUCUUGAUCAUUGCAUGCCAAAGCAAACGGUAGAGAACCUUUUGAUGAAGGUUUUAUUAAACCAAAUUGUGCUUGGUCCAGCCGUAAUUGCUGUUGUUUUUGCAUGGAAUAAUUUAUGUCAAGGAAAGCUCUCAGAGCUUCCAGAUAAGUACCUGAAAGAUGCACUUCCCACACUAUUUGUUGGUAAAACCUGUCUUCUGGAAUCUUUAAACUGUCCUGCUCAGUUUGGUUUCAUUUCAAUGCAAGUUUGAUUUUCCUUGUUUUUUUUUUGUUUAUAUGCAGGAUUUAGGUUCUGGAUCCCUGUCAGCAUAUUGAAUUUUGGGUACCUCUCUCUCUCUCAUUUUUUUACUCCUCUGGAUUACUUCCAGUAAGCCCUUGACAAUACAACUCCGUCACCAGAAGUCCUGAAAUCAUGUAUCCAUUCCUCUUACUAAAUAGUCUCAGAAAAGAAAGAAAGAACAAGAAGAAAAUAAAACUACACUUGGAUCCAUAUCUAUGGACCAAACUUUCUCCAUUUAGAACUUGAGCUGAUGCAUUUAACAUACUUAUUUCAUUGUUAUUUGACACAAAAACAACUUCAUUUUUCAAUAAAGGGUUUAGUGGCCUGGGUUGCUAUGUUAUUUUGUAAAUCUAGUCUGAGGCAGUAACUAUCACUUGGGUUGACAAAAUCUCUCAUGAACUUUAAUGAAUUUGUUUUACCUCUCCAGCAACCCAAGUCUAACUUUGCGACAAUGUUUAAAAUAUUGUAUAUUCAUCCUUUUUCUUGCCCUUGUACUAGCUCCACCAAUCAAUUCCACUUCCUGAAUUAACUGAAGUUCUUUUUCACUUCUUUAGUUUCUAGGCUAUUAACUGAAUCUUAAUUUCUUCACAUCAUUGUUGUCAUCAUCUAAUUACCAUUUUAUGAUUGAUGAAUAUGAGAAGGGAUGUAUUGUCAGAAAUAAUUUAAGCAUACUUUGAAAGUCCAUGUUGACGGCUGUGGUACUUUUAAAUAAUAAGUGGUCUAAUUUAUCCUAUUGCAUGGUGUUGCAAGAACUUAUUUUUAGAUUUGAUCAAUACUAUGAUCGUUUACUCCUAAUAGCAUGGUGAGUGCUUUGCAUUUUCAUUUCAAACUUUUGUUUUAUAUUAGGUUCUUUUGUUAUGCUGUCUACAAAGAAUUUACUUGGAGUAUCAUCAGUAAAAAUGGCCAUCUUCACUAUUUUGUCCAAAGCAGAGGCAGCUUAGAUAUUAGAUAACUUGCUUUGACAACUUCUGAAUGGCAUAUUUUAUAGGGUAGUUCCUCUUCAAGCCCGUGUUGCUUUCAUGUCCAUGGGUUCUAUAUUCUGGAAC